GAUAUAUCGAACUGUCGAGUAAUCGAUUGUUUACUAAAUUUUCUUGGUUAAAGUUCUAAUAGAAUUUUUUAUUUGUUGAGAUAAAUUAUUAAUUUUAAAAUUUUAAAUUUUUCCCGCGGGAUUUUCAAAUUUUUUAAAAAAUGGUUAAAAAUUUAUCUAUUAAAAUAUUAAGUUUUGCGGGCACUGUUAUUAAAUACUCGUGUAUUGUGCACUGCGCAUUUAAUUAUGGUGGAGAAUUUUAUAUGUGCAUCGGCCCAUCAAUGGAGCCAACGAUCCAUACACAUGAUGUAUUAUUUACCGAACAUAUAUCUCCACGUUUUGAUAAACUGUCAAAGGGAGAUAUAAUAAUUGCCAAAAGUCCAACAAAUCCACGUGAAAUUAUUUGCAAGCGUAUUGGUGGAGUCGAAGGUGACAGAAUUUACUGCGGAUUCACUUCUUAUGUCGUACCGCAAGGACACUUAUGGUUAGAAGGAGAUAAUGCUAGUAAUUCAUCAGAUUCACGUUCUUACGGAGCAAUACCCAAAGGAUUAGUUAUAAGUCGUGCGGUUUGUAAAGUCUGGCCAUUUAGUGAUAUCACUUUUUUGAAUAAAUAAUUUAUUGAAUAAUUAAUUUUUUUUUUUAAACGGAAUUUUAACAAUAAAUUUAUAUAGUUAUCUUUUGAUAUUGAAUUCUGUCUAAACUAAUGAGUUUACGGUAAAAUUUACAAGGACCUUUUUUAAAGGAAAUUGAAUUUCCUACAAAAAAGGUCAUGAUAGUUUUUAUCGUAUCUUUGAUAGUUGUCCCAGAAUUUUAUAUUUUUUGAUAAGAAAUUUUGUGGGAAGAAUUUUGAAGCCUAGUUUUGACUGAAGUUUAUUUUGGAUUCGAAUAAUAGCUAAAAUAUGAUAUUUAGAGAAAAAUGGAUUGAGACCAUUUUUUUACAGAAUUUUAUUCCCUACAAAUUUAUUCAUGAUCAUUUUUAUCUUAUCUUUGAUAGUUUCCUCGAAAAUUUGAAUUCAAAGUUUGUAGAGUUUAAAAUUUUCGUAGAAAACUUGUAGUUUUAAUGUAAAUUAACUUUGACUCAAAAUUUCUCGAAAACUAUCAAAUUUAUCAAAAAAUUCACGGACACCAUUUUGAUGUCAAAUUUUAUUCUCUACAAAUUUAGUCCUCAUCAUUUUUAUCGUAUCUCUGAUACUUUCCUUGAAAAUUCAAAUUCAGUUCGAGUAAAAAAUUUUCGUAAUUUGACAGCAAAACUUUGAAUCAAAAUUCCUCGGAAACUAUAAAAUUUAUCAAAAAUUUUAUCGAAAUCAUUUCGAUAGAGAAUUUUAUUUCCUACAAAUUCAUUCCUCAUCAUUUUUAUCAUAUCUUCAAUAAUUUCGCCAGUAUUUUAAUUUUAAUAUUCAUAAAUUAAAAAAAAUUACCAGUAGUAAAUUUUUUCCAUUCUUAAUUUAUUUUAAUUGGAUUAAUUAAUUAAUAAUUUAUUAAUUUAUAUAAAUAAAUAAAUAUAUGAAACUAAUGUCAAAAUAUCAUU